AAAACAAGAAGAAUAACCCUUGCCAUACAUAACCUAGAAAGUGUAAUAUAACCUAUUCAUUUAAACGUCAAAGUGCUAUAUUUGUAUCAACAUUUUUAGUUAAUUAUGGAAAGUUCAAGUACAAAAACACCAACAUUAUCAAAAAAACAACAACAGAAAUCAUUUUCAUUCAAAAAAGCUAAACGAGAAACAAUUAAAAAUUUAGUAACUACUCCUUACGUUAAUUAUUGGCCCAUUAUAAAGGGAGAAGAUGUUGAUUUGUUAGUAGCAUCUCUGUACAAUCAUCUUAAAUUAUUUAAAACUCCGAAAUUAAAAAUUCCAUGGAAACUAAUUAAGGAUGUCCCAGCAGAAAAACGUAAGGAAUUUCGUAUAAAAUAUAACGAACAAGGAGAUAAUAAUGAUACAAUGGUCGUUGACAAAAAAAGCAUAAUUCUUGGUGUCAAUAGUAUUACGCAGCAUUUAGAGCAAACUGCCCUUGCAUCUCUACUGAUAUCAGACGAUGUUAAGCCACAUUUAAUGGUUAGACAUCUUAUAGACAUGAGUGUUAUGAAUGGUAUUCCUGUGCUAAUAGUUCCUAAAUUGAGAGAAAUACUUCAGGCAAAGCUUGGAAUAAAAAGUGUUGCUUUUGGAUUAAAGAAAGAUUUAGAACAAGAUUCUAACUACUAUUUGCUGAAUGAGAAAAUAAGAAGUAUAUAUAAUAAUUAUCCAGUUCCUGAAGCCCAAAUAAACUUCCCAAGACAAAGACUUUUUGAUUCAGAAAAUAUUGACACAACUGCAGAAGAUCUAGACCAUAAUUUAAGUUUGUCUUCAACACCCAACAGUCAGGAUGAUGCAUACCAUGAAGAGAGUGAAAUGGAGGUUGAUGAGAAACCACCGCAAGAUAUUUACCUUUACAGAAAAUCAAAAAAGGAAAGAGUUUUUAUACCAAAUAGCAUUGUAGAGGUAGAAAAAAGUAAUACUUUAGAUUUUAUUUCUUUUGAUCGAGAAAACAACGAAAAUAAUACAUCUGAACAAAAAAUGGAGACGUAUGAAAUUGAUACAGGAGUAAAUAAGAAAAGGCGCGAAAAAUAUCAAGGAUUAGUUGUAAAAAGGAUAAAAUCAAAUAGUGAAAGAAUGCAGAAGAAAAUCGAGGGCAUUAAAAAGAAAAAAAUGAAAAAAAAAAUUGUAAUUAAAACUUAAUUUUAAUGUUAAUUCGUAAUUUAAAG